UACUGUGUAAUUGGCUCGUGCGUAUCUCACACUGAACUAAGAGAACAACAAAUUUAUACUUGGAAGAGGUUAAAGUUAACAACUGGAUAAAUUAAACGCGAGUCAUCGUUAGCUUACCAUCAAGUCGACGUUCUGCAAUUUAUCCACUUAAUUUGUCAUUGGAAAUUAGAAUUUAUAUGGAGUUUCGCGCGUUGCUCACUAGCUAAGUAGCAUUUGACAUGCGGUUGGUUACGUCGGAAAAUGUAAGGAUUAGAUGUACUUCGCUUGGUUUUUGACGACAGGUUUGAACAUCGAGCCUUUGAAAUUCACAUGCCAACGGUCGGCAGUAGCUCACUUGUCAGUCUGACUAGCAACAGCAGCUAACGUGCUACGGUCGGCCAUACAAAAUGAACUGGGUCGGAGGGUCACGGAACCGAUGCAUGCUCAAAAAUGAUGCAAGAAAACAAAGGGAGUUCUUUGAAAAGAAAAAGAUGCAGAAAAGGAUAGAGCAUUUGGGGUUAGCUGCAGAUCCUCAGGGGGCUGCUACUGGCAGUAUAGACCUGGUCACGUUGUUUAUUGUGAACCAGAUUGCUGCAAAGAAGGAGAACAAAUAUAGCCAUAAAGUUACCCAUUUGAGUCAGAGAAAAGGGGCCCGGUGGCCCAUCCACGAGGACACGCUGGAAUUGCCCAUGAGCCCUUGUUCUCCUUCACGUCUCUGUCUGAUGGAAAGUCAGCCUCAGUACAGUGUCCAGAGAAAAAGAAAGCAACAUCUGUCUGAAUGGAACAACAAUAGACAGCUCUCGCCAGUGUUAGAAUCCAACAUGUCCGACUGCAGUGCCUCCGAUUACCGGCACAUCAUCUCGGACACCUUCAGUCCCCUAUCAUCGGCCACGUCUGGCUCUCUGAGCGGGACCUUUCCUGUUGGGCAGAGGGGAGAGUUCAAACCUUUCUGCCAGCCAAGAGAGGUGAGAGAGGCCAAUCCAUGGCCAGCAAUUUCGCAUGGGUCACAGCUUAAGGUCCAUUACCCUCCAGUGUCCAGAGUUCAGUUUGGUGGUACGGAAUCCAGUGUCAUUAGCACACAGAGGAGUAGAGGACGUACUUUGAAAACCACAGGAUGCUUUCUCAGCCUCUCUAAAGAGGAGGAGAGGGAUCAAGAGACAGCAUUAGUGGAUUUUGACGGUGGCGACUACAACAGCCAAGAAACAACAUUCGACAACAGAAAAAUAAGAAUCAGUUUUCAAGAGGAAUCACCACAAAAUUCUGUGUCCAUUGGGGAUCCAAAUGAAUCUGAGAGCAGGCACCAUGAAGCUGAUUUUCGGUCUCAGCCUGUGGAGUCUGCAAUGUGUUGUGGGCGUGGCCAGGGCUCGGUGAAAAGCUGUGGAUCUGUGUGCUCCUCUCCCUGUGAAGGUCUCUUCAGCUCCAGCUCUGAUAGUGUGGGAAGUAGAGGGGGUGAGGGGGAUCAGUUUGUGCCCUCUCGUCUCCAACCCGGGACAACACAGGGGAGGGAAGCCUGGACAGGGCCGGAGAUCCGGCCUUACGAAACGAGAGAAACCGGGACGCAAACCGACGGCUUCUUUGCGUGUCGCACUUCUGACGCUUCCACACAGUGCAGUCCCAGGGAACAGGGCGAAGUGUCCACUUCCCCCAGCGCCUGCGUGGGGUUCCGAUCUCACUCUCGCCAGGUUUGGCACGAGAAGCACAACCAGGCCACCAGGGGGCAGCAUGUUGCAGCCGAUGAGCUGCUGGAAGUGGAUUCACAAGCAGGGACUCCAAACAGCCUUGGAGAAGAGGACCCGCUACCCCAGAGUAAGUCUGGAGUAGCAGCACCGCAGAGCACAAGGGCUGCUUUUACAGGACAGCAGCUACUCUCAGGGGGACCAGAAAUCCUCUACAGGCCCAAGACCAUACCUGAAAACUGGAGACUCAGCACUCCACCCCUCAAGCAUAUCCACUUGAAGAAAACUCCAGUGAGGGAUGAGUUCAGGAAGGAGCAAAAUGGCAGACAGCGGCAGGUGAAACAGGUGGAGAAUUAUGACCAGUCAAAACAGCAUUCUGUGGAAAACGCGGCAAGAAGAGAGGGAGAAGAGCUCAUAACCGAGAGCACGCUGAUGACCAAGGUCUCAGAGGAGACUGAAACACUGCAGGAAAUUGCAGAUAUUCUGUUAAUGAUGAAACAAAAAAACAAGUUAUAGUGUAAAAAGUAGCUUUUACAGCCUAUGCAAGCUUGUGUGUGUCUCUCUGCAUGUGGAUGUACUGUAUGUAUGUGUUUCUACAGUAGUAAAUUAGACAUGAAAUGAUUAGCAUUCUUUUGAUUCAACAUUUAUUAAAGUAGAACGAAACACUGAAAGAUUAUUAGCAUUUAUUUUGGCCAUUUACAUAUUCAAGGGUCAAAUUUCAUGAAUAUAUAUAGUUUUAUAUAAAGAUAAAAUCUAGGAAAAGAUGGAUAGCAACAAUAAUUGAAUUUACUAUACAGCACUGAUAUGUAUGUAUAUGUGCAUGUAUAUAUACAUAUACAUACACAUACAUAUUUUAUCACUAGAUUGUCAUAAACUGUACAAACACUUUAUUAUUUUCAAUUGUUUUACAUAGGAAAAUUGUUUCACCACAAACUUACAGGACAUCUCUGUCAGUAAUAAAACUAGACCAACACUGGGUUGUAAUGGUCUAAGAUGCUUCCCUUUAUCAAAGUGCAUUUUUAAAGUCACAAUACAUUUACGUAACUGUCAAACACAAGAAGGCUUUGUUACAUGGCUGCAUGGCAUUUUAACAUAUUUAAUUAAAAAAAAAAAAAACUUCUGUAAUGUUUUCAAAUUAAAGUUGGAAAAAAUAUAUUUCCAGUUAAAUAUUUUGUUAAUAAACCAAAUACAACCACUGA